CUUUUCCUUUUUUAGGCCAUGAUUCUGAUGACAGAUGUAAACAUGACCGAUUUAAGGUUUCUGGUAUUUCAAAAGUCAUGGUGGUGACAAGGUUCCCAGGGCCUUUGGAAGAGAAAAUGGCCCACAGCACCACAUAACCUCCACCAUGCUUAACCAUGGGAGUGUGUUUCAUUUCCAUAUAUUCAUCCAAUUGUUUCACGUUAGGCCCAGCUUUACUGUCUCCAAGAUGCAGCUGCUAGAAGAGUUUUCUUACAGUCAAACUUUCUCUUGCCUGCCUUACCAUCCUCCUCUGGGUGCAGGAUGGAAAAUAUAUUGGUCCUCAUUUAGCCUCGUCUGUCACAAUUCCAGGUGUUUUAAACGUCUGAGUUGUUCCCCUGACUGUCGAUGGGAGCAGGUUUAGUCAAGUAUUCAUUUUCGUCAGCCUUUUCCUGACUUACGUGGAUCAACACACAUCUGCCUUACCUGAAUGCUGUGUGUCCUUGUCUUUCCUAUUUUGAAUAGUGGCGAAGAAAAUUAAGUUUCUAAGUCAAUGGAUACACAAAGGGAAACAGAAAGUGAUGGAUUUCUAAUGAAACGAAGAUUCUCUGAUCACCGGAUUUAAAAAAAUGCUUCAGUUGCAUGCAUUUGAUUGAAAUAUUGGAUGAUGCCAACCAGUGCAGCGCUAAUCAUUUAUUUUUGUUAAUGGGUGAUCUUUUGAAUAUUUCCAUCCAGAAUUUGUGAACAUAAAGGAUGUCAUCAUAGGCUUGCUGACUCCUUUGCCCUGGGUUUAGCCAGUUUUCUGUGACCUGUGCUGUGUGUUAACGCUAACGCAGAUGACAUGAGAGCAAAGGACCAAGAGAUAAAUCUUGGCUCUGCUCUGGAAUGUUUGCUUCCUGGAAGAACGGCAGACAAACAAACAAAAUAAAAGAAAGCGUUCAAAGCACCAAAGCUUUCACUUUCUAAAAUCCAUCUCUUGGAGCCAAAUGCUCUGCAGCCUCAAACAGAAUUUGUAAACUCUGCACAGUUUGGGCUUUUGGGCAAAACAAAACUCUGGUUCCUUUUUGUGUUUUUGUGGCGAGCCAACCUUUGAAGACAUUUCAGAAGAUUCAAUUAGACCUAAGAGUGGAUUUGGGCACAGUGAUGUCAUGUUUGAGCUGUCUCUCAGGCUGGGGUUUGGUUGUGCUGGACUAUGUUCAGUCAUAUCAGAACUGACAGUGUUCAGUUCAGUCAUUAUUUGGAGCAUGAUGAUGAGUGCUGCAGAACUCAGCAAGUGUUGUCGUUUUUAUUUUUGCUUAAGUGCAGCUGGAGGACUUCUCAGGUGGCUCACAGAACAUAAAGCACCUAAAGAAUUAGUCAAACCUGUGAUGCACAUGCCAACCACAGACUUCCUCACUAUUAUGGCUGGGUUCUUCAGACACAGGACUGAAGAACCCUGUGUCUGAACAAACUAAUCACAAUGAACUUUUCACAUUUUCUCCUUAGCAUGGGUGAGUGUGCAGGUCACCUUAGAAGGCCAAUAUGACAGAUCCCUCCUGCUACUUAAGAGCACCUCUAUUUAUUUUGAAAUCUUCUGUGGCACCAAGCAGCCCCAGGUAACUGCCACUGACCCCACUGCGAACCAAAGCUGCUCCCGCUGUGCUUCGCAGGUGGUGAGGCUCAGGGUGGAGACAUGGAGCUGGGAGAUAGACUUUGGGCAGCAGUAACACAACUCUUCUAAUAUGGAGAGAAUUUAGAUGGAUUCUUUUUCAACAACUCCCUGCAGAACCCAGAGUGUCUGCUCCUGCAGGGUUCAGUGGAAUCCAACUUUUCUGCAACAGUAAGGAGGAUGUUUGCUCUUUAAUUUAUGGAACUGUUGAAUUUCAGGUUUAAUCUGAAUUUGAUGCCAUGUGCAGCACUUUGCUCUGAAAAGAAAGCUUUUCCACAGAGCAAAUUUGGCAGUGUGCUUUUGUUUAAUUGUUUUAGGCUUAUCACAAUUCGCUCAGCCACUGCUUAUUAUCGUAGUCAUUAAACUCAAAAUGCAGGAUUUAUACAUAAAGCCAAAAAAAAAAAAGUAAUGGAUAGACAGAUAUAUUCAAAAUUAAAAAAGUAGCUAUGUUGAAGUUGAAUUAAAUGCGGAAAUUAUAAGAACUUUUGCGUUCUUGUAAAUUGCUCUUUAUUGAUAAUCAUUAUUAUUGUAAUUAAUUAAAAGAAAUACAUUAAGUGGUUUGGAUCUAUCCUUUUCGAUGUACACAAUAAAUUAUAUAUUUAAAGCACACAGGACGAUUUCUUUUUUUUUUUUAUAAAUAAUUGUCAUUUUUGUUUUAGUUGAUUGGUAUAAAAUAGGUAUUUUUCUAUUAGCACUGAGGUCGGCCAACACGCGUUACAAAGUCAUUAAAAGCAAGCAGGAAAAAACAUAGUUUAAUAAAAUGAAAACAAACCUAAUGUGGCUCAGGCUGAACUGCAACGGGCCGGAGCCCAGAAACGCAGUUUUCAGGCGGGAUGUAAUGCUGCUAAUGCUUCAGUAAAUACAAAUAACAUAAAGGUCGUUACAUUAAAUCCGACCUCAUUUAAAGCGGUUUGAUUAUGUCGUGACACAAAAAAACUUUAAGGUUCAGGGCUAAAAACAAGUAAAAGAAGAGCGCGUUUUUAUUCUUUAUUUUAUGUAAUGAUCAACAGUUCAAGCAAACAACAUGCACUGAAACAGUGGAUUUAUUCGACAGAUGUUAAUGUAAAAUUACAUUUUUUUUCAGGAGUUAUUUUAUCAUUUGACACCCCCCUUUUAAAAAAAAAAAAGGCUUAAUAAAUCUCUCUGACAAGGAUAAAACAGCCUCUACAUGCAGGCUUAUGUCCCACACAUCUUCAUAUUAAUCAGAACAUUUUCCUGACGGCUAGACUUAUUUGAGUUUCAAUCCUCCGACGUGAAACGAAUUAAUAGCAGGGAUCAGCGAGCUCCUGGGCGGCUGGGUCCAGACUGAGCCUCAUUUUCUAGCGCAACUUGUAGCGUUGGAUGAAUUAUUGUCCCAUUCCGGUUGUCUAAACAUGUUGUAAAUUAAAGUCACUUUUGAUUGCUUCCUCGGAGCGGGUCUGCAGUCACAUCAAACUGCUGUUUGCUUUGGAGUCAGGCCGUAGGAGGAGCUGCCUGCUGUUUUCUACACUGCAAAAAGGAAUUCUGGAGGGUGGUAAAUUUUAGUCAUUAGAAUUUUAAUCAAGCAUAAUUUGUAAAUGUAAUCUUCAAUAAUGUCUGAAUUCUAAAACAACAGUUUGUGAGCUAGAUAUUUUAAAUCAGCACUUAACAGUAGAUGUAGGUUUUUGUUAUUCUGAUUUGUCAUUUUCGCUGUCCAGCAGAGAGCAGUAAGGUUGAUAUGUUUGUAUGAGCUGAAAUAUGAACCACUAUAUAAACUUAAUUAAAAGUUAAGAACUGUCAGAAGUCUUGGGGUUGAGGUGUUUUCUAUAGUAAAACAGGAAUUUAAGCUUGGACCCAUCUUCAGCUAGGUUAGCUACAGCGCUAAUGCUAAAUCAAUCUCGAUUGCAAUAUUUUUGUCACUGGAGGAUAAACCAGUCAGCUCAUAUGUUUAGGUCUGUUGUAUGAUGAGUGAAUAUAUCAACUUAAAAUCAUAAGAACUGCCCUAGACUUGUGAUUGAGAAAAUGUCAGUGUUGGAACAAGUAUUUAAAAUUGGAAUCCAGCCUUAAUAGCACCAAUGCUAAAGUCAAACUUGCCAACCACCUGAGCUUUUUAACAAUGCAAUCAGUUGUAGAUAUGGUUGUCAAGAAAAAAGUUUACAAGACACCUUGUUAGAAUAUGUUUAAACAGUUUAACGCUAUUUCUCUAUUUUAUGCCUUAUUCAGAAACAGCUUCUAUUGUUUAACAUGGGAGAACCAACCAGAUGAGCAAAAUAAUCUCAAAAAUAUGUUAUAAUUUAGCUAAUUUGGUUGGCAAUGUUUUUUAAUUAACUGAUUAAGUACUUUUUAGCUGAUAAACUGUUAUAAUUUCUGCUCAGAAAUACUGAUUAAACUCUAUCCAAAUGCAUUGUUUGCAGAUUGGUUGUUUGCAAAUUGGUUGGCCAAAUUUAUUGGUGAAAUUCUAACCGCUUGUUUUAUCAGUGUAUCCAGAAGGAGGAGGGCAGCUUCAGGAUCUUUAAGGCUCCCAUAGCUACUCUUUGGAGCAAUAAGAGUUGGGACUUCACCUCACAGCAAAUUAAAACUCCAUUGGCGCAUUAUUGCAUUACAGGACAUCUCUCCAUUCCUCUGUUUGCGUUUUUUCUCCACAUUUUAUAUUUAUAGAUGCUGACAUUUAAUUAGAGGGAACACUUUAUUGCAAUCAUGAUGGAGUACAUAGAGGAUAAGUUUGCCUUGAAAAGCCAGGCGAUGAAAGCCAGCGAGUACUACAUGGACCAAGUUAUGGAGAGCCUGGACAGCGCGCAGUACUUCAACAAGCCGUCCCCGAAGUGUGCGCAGGCCUUCGGACUGCAGGGCGGCGAGCACCGCUCCUCGCCCUGCGGAGAUCAGAGCGCCAGUUACGGUGUUCCGAAAACGGACGAGGACUCUCUGCGCUCGGAUCUCGCGAGGUCCAUCGACAGCUGUUGCUCUCUGCGGGGGUCUCCGGUGCCGAGCGGCCCGGACAAGACCGAGCUGGACGACGUGGGGGACAAGUGCGACAGCAACGUGUCCAGCAGCAAGAAGAGGAGGCACCGGACUACCUUCACCAGCGCACAGCUGGAGGAGCUGGAGAAGGUGUUCCAGAAAACCCACUAUCCAGAUGUUUAUGUGAGGGAGCAGCUGGCCAUGAGGACGGAGCUAACGGAGGCCAGGGUCCAGGUGUGGUUCCAGAACAGACGGGCAAAGUGGAGGAAAAGAGAGCGCUAUGGCCAGAUCCAGCAGGCCAAAAGUCACUUCGCUGCCACCUACGACUUAUCAAUGUUACCCCGGACCGACAGCUACACACAGAUCCCCAACAACCUGUGGCCCAGCCCGGCUCCCGGCGGGUCUGUUAUGUCCUCCUGCAUGCUGCCCCGAGGCUCCCCUCCAUGCGUUACCUCCUACUCACACUCCCCACGCGCAGCUGCCUCUGCAGCUGACCACGGCUAUGUGGGCUUCCCUGGCCAGCAGAACCAGUUUGGCCACGUCUCCCUCAACAACUUCUUCAGUGCCGACUCCCUCCUCACACCAGCCGGCAACAGCCACCCGGCAUUCGAGGCCAAGCCUGAGUUUGAGAGGCGCUCAUCCAGCAUCGCUGUGCUGCGCAUGAAGGCCAAGGAGCACACGGCCAACAUAUCCUGGGCCAUGUGAUCAGGGAUCCUGCGUCUGUACGUCUGGAGAGGCAGGAUGCUAAAUGUCUCUAGAGCUUCCAGUUUCCUGGAGAAGAUGAGUAUGUAAAUGUGAAAAGUAUGGCUUAACUGAUGGGUCCCUACAUCUUCUGAAGAAAAUUAAGCUCAAGCUUGGACAAAAGAAAAUGGCUUCAACUUUGUGACAAUCAGGAAGGUUGUUGGCAGAGGACCGAAGAACAGUUCUGUCAUUAAAAAGUGUCCUGCAACGUGCUCACAGGACAGCUUUGGACAGAGCCAAAGUCAUCAAAACACAGCCUUGUAAAUCUAAUCACAGUUCCUGAUCUUUUUCACAUUUUGUGCCUUUGCAACCUCAAACUCCACUGUAUUUUACUUGGAUUCUGUAUCAUAAUGCAUCAUUCUGUGGAGAGAAAAGGAUACAUGGUUUGUCAAAAUAUCAUUUUCAAAAUUUGGCAGGCAUAUGUAUUCAGCAGGGAUCUGGGUUCAGGAAAGCAGUGACAGAAGUGAAGUUGGGCCACUGAGUGUUUAUAUCUGCCAUAUAUAUAUAUAUACAUAUAUAUAUAAUUUCGCCAUAGCUAUCAGCAAACAAAAACAUUUACGUAUCAUUAAACCACGUAAAUCUGGGCUUUUUGUGAGGGAUGCCAUGAUAUAUAAGAGCUUUUCUUACUUUAAAAAUGAACUCCGUACUGUCAACACUAUUCUGUCCUUGAACUUUAAAAAACUUUAGCUGUCCGUCCUCUUUAGCAAACCUACUUUUUACCUGAACGUUUACAUCACAAAGCAGGUCAGUGUGAAAAAGUUGCCUUUUUGCGUACAUUUUAUUGUACAUCAACAGUUUGCUUGAGCUCAGAUAAAUCCAUAGGAUAACAUGGCAGGCGAAGGCAGAGAGAACUGUGCCUACCUGGGCUCUGACGGUAUGAAAACAUUGGGCUGAUAUGUAGCUGACCAGAAGGGAACCAUGCUGAGUUAUGUCUAUAAAGCUAUACUGCCAUAAACGAUAAAAUGUCUGAAAUAAUAUUAGAAAACAUUCUUUGUUGUUGAAAAGAACGUUUUGCAAAUAAUGCCUUAGUUGCAACUUUCAAGGAUCACUGUUUUUUACGUUUUGCAAGUAGGCCAGAAAGGUCCGUUUUUGGUUUAUUUUACCAUAGCACCCUCCUUCACAUAUUACUGCAUCCCCUACAAGGCUUGUGGCAAACUACAACCAGGUCUUGUUAUAGCUUUCUUCUUGCCACUCUUCCAUUAACGCCAGAUUUAUAGCAUGAAUAAUUAAUAGUUAGACCUAUUCCUUUCACCUGAGCUGGGGAUCUCUGCAGCUCCUCCAGGGUUACUAAGGCUCUCUUGGGUGCUUCUUUGAUGAAUGCUCUUUUUGCCCAGCCAGUUCAUUUAGAUAAACAGUGAUGUUUUGGUAGGUUUCUACUUGUGCCAUACACUUUCCAUUUAAGAUUAUGGACUUAACCUAACUCUGCUUUAAAUUUUUCUACUACCUUAUCCCUGAACUGUCUGCUGUGUUGCUUGUUCUCCAUGAUGCUGUUUAUUCCCCAAUGUUCUCUAAACAAACCGCUGAGACCUUCAUAGAACAGCUGGACUUAUACUGAGUUCAGUAUAAACACAAUUGGAUGCCCCUUACUAAUUAGAUGCCUUCUGAAUGCAGUUGGUUGCACUAGAUUUUAUUUAGGUGUAUCGGAUUAAAGGGGCAGAAUUUUAAUACACAAACCCUUUUAGAUGUUUAUUUGUAAAACAUUAGGAAACCCAUGCGUCAUUUUCUUUCCACUUCACAAUAACGAACCACUUUGUGUUGGUCUAGCACAUAAAAUCCCAGUAAAAAACGUUGAUAUUUGUGGAUGCAUUGUGACAAAAUGUGAAAGAGUUCAACAGGCAUGAAUAUGUUUGCAAGGAACCAUAUAUGUCAGCUAGAUUUUCAUAUUAAUGACAUGUGCAUGUUUGACUUGCCCAUCCCUCUAGUCAGAACAAACAUUUCUUGACCUUUUACUAUCUGUGGAGGUGAGAUCCGCAAUGAAGUCUUCAGUCUUCUGUGGAGGUCAGGAAGUCACCACUUCCUGGUGACUGAGACGUAAAGAAGGACGACAGGAGGCAGUAAAAACCAAAGGCUCUUUUAAGAAUUUGUGCACAGUGCGGCUGCUUUUGGAUCCCAAAAGGAGGGGUCCUGGACUGAAAAACGUUCCAAGCUGUUCGUGUUUCACUCCAAGGUCUGGACUGAGAGUAAAACAAACUGACUUGACUUACUAACAUGUCUGUGUGCUUUGUAGCAAAGCUCUGAAUCUCUAUUGUCUGCCUUCAAACUGCAUCACACAGUGCAGGCUGUGCAGGCAGGUUCUGGAAGUGUUUUUUUGUUUUAAUAGGUUUGUGGAGGUGUAAUAAACGAAUGUCACUUCA